UCACCAUCUCCUCGCCUCCAUAACCUCCCCCUAAAUAUUUGGCCCCAAUCUCUCUCUCUCUCUCUCUCUCUCUCUCUCUCUCUCUCUCCUCCUCCCUUUCUCUCUCUUCUCUCCUCUCAUGGAGCUCGUCGGCGAAGACGCCGCGGCCGCCGCCGUCGCCGCCGUCGCCGAGGGCCGCGGCAAGGGCUCGCCCCUCCUCUCCCGCCCCCGCCACCUCCUCCUCCCCGGCGCUGCUCGACGCCGCGCCUACCGCUUCGACGGCAUCGGGAGCUUCUCCACCAUCGACUGGGACCUCGCCGGCGCCGGCGCCGAGGAGGAGGAGGGGAUCUUCACGUGGCACCACGUGGAGCUCCCCCGUGGCUCUCAGCGCCUCGCCCUCAACGCCCAGUUCCUCAUCGAGGUGCUCUGCCCCCCGUUGAAGCUCCAGGAGAUCCUCGCCCUCGCCAGCAAUGACCUCUACUGUGGCCUCGUCGACGGCCCUCGUCUUCCGCGUCAACUCCCCCGGCCCCGCGACGAGCCCCUUCACCCUCCGCUUGGCCGCUAGGGUUACGGAGAGCUCCGUGAUCACCGUCUCACUGGGCCGCGUCCCCAGUUUAGGGUUCGCCCCCGCGGGCCAGUCGCUGCUCUCGGAGAUCCCCAGCGUCGGCUCCGCUGCGGCGGCGGCGGCGUCGGCGGCCGCGGAGGAGGAGGAGGAGGAGGAGGAGCGGGCUGCUGCGGCCGCGGCGGAGGAGGGGAGCGUCGUGAUCGCUGAGCACGUGCUCGAGAAUUUGCUCACGCUGAACCAAUCGGAGGAGGCCGACAACCCCAUGCCCCGCACUGUGGCGAACCUCGUCAUGCACGUCGUCGAUAUGCACGUCGACCAGGUCCAGGACAUCGUCACCAAGCUCGAGAUGGACCUCGAUGCCAUCGAGAUCGAAUUGGGUAAAGGUAUAUGGAUGCAUCUGUCGUGUGAAAGGCCCCAGGGAUGGGAUACAUUUUAUCCAGAGGAUGCAUUUUAUCCAGGUGCAUCCUCAUCUAGUGGUUGUCAAGAGAAAAUAUCUAAACUUGAAAUGAUUUUGGACUCGGAGGUAUAUACAGUAGAGGAUAGAUCUGAACUAGAAAAAUAUUCUCCUUCAGCUACACUUGUCGAUAGAUACUAUGACGCUUACAAGUUCAAUAAUGAAAAGUUGAAUACUACGUUGCACUCAUCAUUUGAGAAGAUUGAUGAUGCUCUAGUUAGUUUGCAAAAGUCACCAUCCAAUAAAUUUAAAGACACUAAUGACAUUCUAGAGGCUUCAAAAAAGAGCUUGUCCAGCUAUCAUGCGAAGAUUUUGCACUGUAUAGAUAAUCUUGGGCUUAUAUGUGCUACUGAGAGGGAGUUCAUCGAAAGAUUGUCUAACCCUGAAGGUGCAGAGAUCUACUCUAGAGUUGUUCCGAGCUGGGAAGCGAACCCCCGCCCUGCUCAGGUCUGCUCUAUUCGUUCGCUGGCGGCGAGCGGGGACAUGUGCCUCCUGCCUCGCAUCUCUCCUCUCGAUGGGGUCAGAUCAGCUGCCCUCCUCUCUCCGAGCCGGGCCCCACCCCCCUCCCUGUCGGGUGCUUGUCGGGCCCUAUCCUGACCUUCUCCUGCGGCCGACGUACGCGCGUUACAUCGCUGUGCCAGGGUUGGCCGUUGUGCAGCUGUGGUUGCGGUAUCUCUUCUCUCUGCUCCCCAUGUGCAUCCUGAUUCUCCUGUCUCUGCAACUCCUUCCUCUAAUCCCCGUUUCCGUCCCCGGCGCCGCCGGAAGUGGGUGGGAGAUCUGGUACUUCCUUUCCUGUACCAUCGUCCUUCCUCGUCCUUCCUCUCUUAGGCCGGGCCUCCUUCAGGAUUUGCCUAUAAAUAGGGCUGGCACCAUGUGGACGAGGGGCAGCUUGUUUGCUUCCCUAUAUUUGAAAGGUUCGUUGUAGGUGUUUGCUGGUAGCUUCUCCUCUAAUACUCCUUUGAUUGUCUCCGUGGUUUCGGCCCUGUCCUGCCAUCUUCCUUCCUGGACUGCGGCUCCUGCCGAGCCCUAUCCUCCCGCUGUUUGCUUCGGCCUGUGCCCCGUGCGUGUUGUACUGCUGCCUCAUAAGAUUUGGUGAGUGGGCAACAACCCAUUUGCUUUGGCCUUCUGACUCCCAACGACCUCCUUUUGUCCUAUUACCUUUUCCCUGGAAGCACAAAACACGUUUCGCAAAAAAAUUUACCCUUUAUACUUGCUGUAUAGAAAGAACUUAAGAAAAAGAACUUGGUUCUUCUGACCUUUUGUCCUAUUAACUUUCCCUUGGAAGCACAUAACACGUUUCGCAAGAAAAAUUUACCCUUUACACUUGCCAUAUAGAAAGAACUUAAGAAAAAAGACCUGGAUGCUUCUGAUUAAUUGGUUAAAGCUGAAAUACCUUGUUCGGCGAUAGAAAGAACUUAAGAAAAAAAGAAUUGGAUGCUUCUGAUUAAUUGGUUAAAGCUGAAAUGUCCUAUUCGCUGCG